GCUGCAGGCGUGGCACAACUGUUCAGGUGAAUAUAAAUGUUGCCUGUACCGAUGCUUACAUGUCACGUCCAUAUCAGUGAGGAAAUCAAUACUCAUUUGCUUGCAGUCUUUUAUUUUGUGCAUAAAAAUAUAUUUUUAUAUUAUAUGAGGGGUGAGUACGGUUUGUAGGUAUGUAUAUCACAUUAUUGCCCAUUAGCAUACAGCACGAUCACAGGAAUCCUGAAAACACGGAGGGAGUCAUUGGUGGCCAGCGAGGGGUUUGAAUUUCGCGCUCAGGUCACUCGCGACGUUUGCAAAUGUGUGUCAUUACAAAAGUAAUGCGUAUGAAGGAAGGUAAGUUGGAGAGAAUAAUAUUUUUAUACGUUAAACUAGUUAACCAGUUACAGUACAUAAUCUGGUGAGAGGAAGUGAGCUCAAAGAAAUUCAGUCUGUCAGCUGUUUUAUGGAGGAAAAGUUAACGUUUAUUGCUGUGUAACGUUUGAGGAAGCCGUGCCCGCGGAACCCCGGCCCAGCCCUCCCUGCCAAUACAUCACCCUUAGGCGGAACACCACUUCGCAGCGCCCUCCACACACAGCUAUGAGGGGCGUCCGCAUGAGAAUCUUCCUGACGACGGCGCUGCAGGUGCUGGUCCUCCUGCCCCACGUGACAGCACUUUGUCCCAGCCUGGAGGUCACCGUCUUUCAGAACUCGUCCGACCUCAUAGUCCAGGUGAACGGUGAACAGGUGGACGACGUAGCAGUCUCCAGGGUGCCAGAGUGGGGCGGCGUCCAUGUGUCCGUGCUUCACCCCACCAGCGGCGUUCUCCUGGCCGCGCGCUCCGUCCCCACCGCCAACCCCGCCGAGGCCCGCGUUCUCUCCGCCUUCCUCGAGUCCCUUCAGCCAGGCCGCAUCCUCGUCCUCGUGAUCCUUGGACAUGCCGGGCUCUACCUCCACCCUGCUGAAGAGACCCUAAGAAAACUAGGCUUCGUGGCGGUGGUGGAGGCGGUGGGCGUGGGCGAGGCGUGGGUCGGGGUUACGGAUGGACGGCACGCGCGGGAGGUGGUGGUGCCUGCUCCCCCAGCAUCCGCCGCCUCCUACGAGCUCCUGACGCGACCACGGCGGGAUAGGACGGCAGUGGUUCUGACAGUGGUGUUCCGAGCAAGGCCUGCCACGUGGUGUUCCUGGCACAGACGUCCUGAGAUGCGCGCCCAGCGAGACUUCUGCAACACCUACGAAGGGUUCCAGGAGUUGUGCCGCUGCCAGAACCCCGUCACGCCCGCCUUGGCCCGCGCGGCAUCGCCCCGCGUUCCUUUCAAGGAGAGCAUACCUGUUGUGAUGUCAACGUCGCAACACCCUUACCACCUUUACCGGACCCUUCUACAGCUGAUCCAGAUGCCGGGCGGGGGACAGACGGCCUUCCUGGUGGUGCUGGACGGGGACAGUCCCGCCACCAUGGACCUGACGACCCUCUUCGGCGUUCAUUGCAGUCAGAUCCACCCGCGUCGCCGCCACCAGGAACACAACAACAACAACAACAACAACAACAACAACAACAACAACAGGGAUAGUCACUCCAUCAAUACAAACAAUAGUAAAAAAACUGAAACAGAAGAUGAAAAAGAGGAAAACGAAAGGGAAAAUCAAGCCCAUCAACAACAACAACAACAACAACAACAACAACAGUCCCUCGACCUCCACCUGCUGGCCACGACUCAGGUGAUCGCCGAGGUGACCCGCCAUGCCCUCACCUUCGCCUUCUCCACCUUCCCCGAGGCCAAGAAGGUGAUCUUUCUCGAGGACGACGUGUUGGUCAGCCCCGACUUCCUGUGGUUCUUCCAGCAGACAGCCACGCUCCUGGAUCAAGACCCCUCCGUGCUGGCCGUCUCUGCCCACCACACCUUCUCCAUGGCGGGGCAGGGCCUGGACCCCACUCGCCUCCUGAGGGGUGCCAUGCCUCCACAGUGGGGCUGGAUGGCUGACCGAAGAAUCCUUGACGCGUGGGUGCCGGAGAACUGGGGGGACUGGGACUACUGGGUGCUGGCGUUGUGCCGCUCCAGGGGCCUCGACGUGGUCUUCCCUGAGGUGUCUCGUUCCCUCCACGCCGGCAGCGGAGGGACGCAUAUCGACGGCUUCCAUCAGGCCAUCUCCUUCGACCGACAGGCUGCCUUCCUCCCGUCACUACCCGGCCGGAGAAGUAAAACAUCCUCCUCUGCAACAUCCUCUGCUCCCUUGUUUCUCGUGGCAACUGAAGAUGUUGCUCCUCGUAGUGGUGACUCCUCAUCCACCACCAGCAGCCUGAGAAGCGUCCAUCGUUCAUCUUCAAAGCCUACCAAGAAGUCUUCCCAAUCUCACCAUCCUGCGCGCCCUGCCAAAAGCUCUCCUGAAGUCAGUCGUAACAAAUUUAACCUGACCACCCUUAAAAGACAUGUAAAUAGUUCCUACACGCUUUCUUCUUCUACUACUACUACUACUACUACUACUACAACUACUAUUACUACUACUGUUGAUGAUGAUGCUGGCUCGCGAUUCGCUGCGCCGCCUGUCCUUGUCAACCUUACCGAUGUCAGUGGUGUGAUGAAGCAGGCGUUUUCCACGAAGCUGAAGGAUGUCCUACAUGCGGCCACACCCAUCACCAUGCACACCCCUCAGCGCUGUGGCCCCGCCCUCAUACCCCCGGGGAUGGAGGGGCCGUUCAUCAUGUUCUUUGGAGACCCGCGAGAACGUUCGGCUGUAAUGCAGUGCCUGGGUCUGUACGCUGUGGACCCGCGCUGUGACUUCGAGCACGUGCAGCAGGUCCUCGUCUCCGGCCACAGGGUCUUCUUGGUGGACUGUCCCGACUCGCCGCACUGCAUGCACAGCCCCCCUGGCUACCUCGCAGUGCCUCACGACGACCAGCUGAUGGAGGCCGUGGCUGCUUUAGACUUCUUUAGACGCAGCCUCGAACUCCGGACACCCUUCAGAGUACGCCGAGCCCCCAGCAGCCCUUGGGAGGAGGCUGCCUUGAGGAACUUGGCCACUGGAUACACUGCACUGGGCAUCCACUUGGAGUCCCUCUUCCUAAACAAGGGCGUGGUAUUGCCGCAGGUGGAGGAAGAGAAGAAUAAAGGGAGAAAGGAGAGUGAUAACCUUACGGAACCCCAGAACCCAAGUGAAGAGGGUUUGGGGAGGGAGCAGCAUGAAGGAUCUCUUUCUUAUUUAUCUCAUUCCUCUCAGCCCAGGGAGAGGGAGGCGCCCCACGCCAGCUCCAAGACCUCAACACAACAACAAGAGCUCAGGGUAGGUGCAGGAGCCGGGACGGGGGUGUGGGCGGGGCGACGCGGGGCUACAACACCCUCCCUCUUGAAGCCCCAAAGUGGCAGGAGGGCGAGGGUGCAGGGAAGGGGAAAAACAACAGCCCCAGCGAUGAGUGAUGAGGGUCGGGGUGAUGGAGUGAGGUACUACAGCUCCUGCCAAGUCGCCCCUUGUCACGUGAUCGACCCUCUCCUGCACCCCCUCCUCCUGCCCCCGCACCUCCAGGCCGCUGCACGCAUCGCCCUGCGGGAGGCCGCCGUGCCCCGGCCCCGCGCGGACUAUGAAUUCACUGCCCCAGACUACUUCAAAGACGCCGAUCUUUUCAGCGAUUUCUACAAGUAUCGACAAGUCUCGUUCAGACAUUGAUCGAUCUGCAUUUUAUUGUUGGUUUUGUGUUAUGUUCAGUAGUGUAUGUAUACUCAUUUACACACACACACACACACACACACACACACACACACACACCAGUGAAUUAUAUUCAUUGUAAAUAUAAGUGCUCCAGAUUUAUAUUUUCUAUGUUUUUUUUAUAUAUUUACUAGCCGAGAAAGGUUCAUGAUUUAUCCUCGAAGGGGCAAAACUUGAAAGGAAAGACAAUGGUGCCGGGCAUUAACACGGGAGUUACCCAUGAAAUUCGUUUUCUCUCAUCUUGUCUUUUUAGGGCAGGCAGGCGCAUAGUGAAGUUUUUCGCAAUAUAACUAUAGGUACUGUACAAAAAACAAAGAAAUUUCAAAGAUUAAAGCUGCCAUAAAUAUGAAUCAUAAUAAGAUCUUUAACGUGGUGCUGCAUGGAGGGCUGGCCGCAUGGCUAGAGGGUGAGCAGCCAUGCGGGGGCCGAGGGUGGCGCGCAGACAAAGAAAACGACAAAGAAAACUGGCGCCUGCAAUGUAGUUAUUCCUGCGGUUUAUUGAUCGCAGGUUUGCAGGGCAGGAUCGUGUCCAUACACGUUGCUUGGCGGCUCAGGGGCAACAGGGGGGUUGUUCUAGGCCUCCCCUGGGAAAUACUGGGUGUUUCUAGUUGUAUUGGGGCUGACUGAGGUUCACUUGUCUGGAUAGCAAUCAGCAAUGAUCUGUUUCAGUUCGUCUUUUUUGAUGUUUUGGUCAUUGAUUACAAGGAAGAGUUUGCAACCUUCGCGUUAAAGUGUUGAGGGCAUGCUGCGGCACACUUUGUUUUAUGCUGUCUGAGGAGCAGGUUUGUGCCACCUGGUGAUAAGAGGGUUGAUGAUCAUCCGAGCAUUAACACUCUUACGUUGCCCAGUCUUCCAUAAGUAACUAACCAAUUGUCAAGGGCGAAUAAAUAAAAUUGCCAUAGCCCGGUUUCGAACCAUGGCCAGCAGACUCCAAACUCCGAAAAUAAGAAACGUCAAUAAAUACAAGCUUUGCCACAAUGCUGUCAUCUAUAUUCAUUACUUUUUUUACGAUAACUUCCAAUGCAAGUAACCGGAGAUUUGACAAAGACCCGCCUAAAUCCUUCCAAAGUCAAGGGGAAGGAGUGAGGAGUACGACAUCCCGUUCCCGCCUAAACUGUUCACGCGUCGUCUGCUCCCUUGACAGCGGCCUGGCGGCGGGCACGUGCAUGUUGAUGACUGAAGGGAAGGCUUGAAGGCAGUUUGUUGACCUAGUUCCAAGUGAUAUAGACAGUUGUGUGGCGUGAUUAAUUGACGGGCACUCAUAUCAAUCAAUUACAGAUGAAAGACUUGCCCGUCCAUUGCAUAACCUGCGCCAAUUUAAUCUAUAAAGACAGUCAGUUGCGAGGAAACUUGUAUCAAUGUGCAGAAUAGUACAAAAUAAUAAAUGUUUAAGAGCUAAUAAUAACUCCUUUUUUUUUUACCACAGCCUUCGUGUCUGUCAGCCCAGUGUGUAGCCUUCAAACAUGCGGUAGGCAGGGACCCUACACCCUAGGGCACAGGUAGCUUGUAAGGUCCGGGUUACCACAGAUUACCUGCCCCAGGUACACACCGGCCUACCCGCAAGGGAGGACGAACAGCUGGGUGGGCUCAUUUGUAAACCUCGGCGUACCACUCGAACUCCAUCCUAUAGGUUUUUGGCAAGGCGUUCUUCGGGAUGGAACCUCUGAUGAUUGUGUAGGAUGUGGCAAGCCGGCAAGCAGCCACAAUAACAAUUAGAUGAUUUCGGAGGGUAGUGUGUAAUCUGCAUUCAUAUGUAAUAGUAAUAAUUAUUCACACAACUGACCGUCAUCAUCAAUACCCAUAUCACCACCUCCACCAACACCUGACCACCGCCACCACCUCCACCAACACCUGGCCACCGCCACCACCGCAGUCAAUACUCUUGCCAUCGCCGCUAUCAUUAGCAAUCUCCUCUCCGUCAUUACCGCACAACAGUUAGAGGAACUUUCAACACUGUUCUUUUCUUUAUCGUUGUUUCCUUCUUCGUCCGCGUCGUUGUGCAGGACAAAAAGAAAGAAACGCUAGAUAGAGGACGAUGGAAGGAAGAAGAAGAGAAAGGAAAGGAAGGAAAUAAUGUUAUCUCUUCACAGUUUGAACUUGGGCAGAGAUCUAUAAAAGUUGCCGCGAGCCACAAGAACGUUUGCAGCAGUUUCCUUGCGACCGCUCAAACGCCCCGAGAAAGGAAACGUUUUAUUACGUUCCCAUGACAUUUUUUCUUUUUCUUUAAAGACUCCCGCUGAACGAAUCUAGAUACGCCUUGAUAAAACUGUAAGACCUGAUUCCCAUCUGGUAAUAUUCAAACAUUAUAUAAUGCUAAUCCACCUGCCAGGUAGGAAGCUACACACACACACACACACACACACACACACACACACACACACACACACACACACAACAUCCAAUCACACUAAUAUGAUGUAUAAAAUAAGCUUAUGAUGAUUAAGUUUCCACCCAUUCCGGAUGCUAAUGGAUUUUAGAUACAUAUCUGAUUCAGGUGACGGAGAGGCGGCGAGAAAGGGAGGGAGAAGAAAAGGAGGGAAGUGGCAGGUGUGGGAGAGCAGGUGAAGGGGGAAUGGGGGGUUGUUGUAAGGCGUGCGCCACUCUCAGGUGUGUGGUGGGAGGGGAGGGAGAGCGUCUGCUAGUGUGCUGUGCUGCUGAAUGAAAUGGAGGCCCUUCUGGCUCUGGGAGACGGGGACGCGGCCCGCCUGACGCCCACACAGCCCGCUGAUGCAGCCUCACGCGGCCGUUUGCCCUCAAGUCACUGACAGUUCCACUAGUAUUAUUGCAUGGCCUAAAGGUGCAGGCAUGGUGUGCACGGGCCGGGAUCACCAUACAGCGUGGGUCAGUAAAAUUAGAAGAUUUGGCGCGCGUUUAUGCUCUUCCCGCGCAUUACGGCUCACAUUCCACCCGCCACAAACUAGUUCCCAUGUUUGUAACUCAAUGGUCCAAGGAGGCGUCUUCUGAUAAAAUACUGAAUAUUUGUAUGAUCUC